AGAAUAAUGCACGGGGAUUCAUCUGUGGAACGAGGGGCGCGGAGCGCACUUAACUUAUUUCGAUAUUCGCUUGACUCGAAAGAGAACGCGUACAUGUAUACGCGACGUUACUAACAUUCAAGUGUAACGAGCCUACGAACUUGUGUGUCGAUAAGCUCGUCGCAGCACAAAAGACAUCUACUCGACGGCUAAGGACAUAGCGCAUUUUCAUAUAGACAUUGGACUUAGGAUCGGCCUCAAUAUUUAAAUUUUUAAUGCACCCAUUCGAGCAUGGCUCCGAAGAAGGUCGAGGAACCUGAGCGGAAGCCGCUUAUCGGUCGCGUUGGCACUAACUUGAAAAUGGGCAUAGUCGGUAUACCAAAUGUAGGGAAAUCAACCUUUUUCAACGUUCUCACCAAGAGCCAGGCAGCGGCUGAGAAUUUUCCUUUCUGCACCAUCGAUCCUAAUGAAAGUCGUGUUCCGGUACCUGAUACGAGGUUCGAUUAUCUCUGCGAAUAUUUUAAGCCGGCUAGUAAAGUUCCGGCCUUCUUGCAUGUGAUGGACAUUGCUGGAUUAGUGAAGGGCGCUGCCGAGGGGCAAGGCUUAGGAAAUAACUUUCUCUCACACAUUGGAGCAUGCGACGGCAUAUUUCAUCUUUGUCGUGCCUUUGAAGAUGACGAUGUCACUCAUAUAGAGGGUGAUGUCAAUCCCGUGAGAGAUCUCGAUAUCAUUAGCGAAGAGUUGCGACUGAAAGACGUCGAAUUCUUGAAUGCGCAUCUCGAAAAACUUGAGAAGCUUGUAAUUCGUGGUAAUGAUAAGAAGCUGAAACCUGAAUAUGAAACGCUUUUGAAGGUGAAGGGUGUUCUAGUGGACGAAAAGAAACAUAUCAGAUUUGCUGAUUGGAGUUCCAAUGAUGUCGAGGUGCUCAAUAAAUAUUUGUUUCUUACUUCAAAACCAAUUCUGUAUUUGGCGAAUAUGUCAGAAAAAGAUUAUCUUCGCAAAAAGAACAAAUGGUUAAUGGAUAUAAAACUAUGGGUUGACAAGAAUGAUCCAGGCGCGGUGUUACUCCCUUUCAGCGCUGCUUUUGAAAAUAAAAUUCUCGACAUGAACGAUUCGGAACGCGAAGCAUACUUAAAAAAACACCAAGUCACCAGUGCACUUGACAAAAUUAUUGUACAAGGAUACAAGGCGCUAAAUUUACAAUAUUUCUUCACGGCCGGACACGAUGAAGUUAAGGCAUGGACCAUUCAAAAAGGUACAAAAGCACCUCAAGCUGCUGGAAAAAUACAUACAGAUUUCGAAAAAGGAUUUAUUAUGGCGGAAGUGAUGAAAUUCGAAGAUUUCAAAAAUGAAGGGUCGGAAGCCGCAGUGAAGGCUGCCGGAAAGUACAGACAACAAGGGCGUGCUUAUGUAGUCGAAGACGGCGAUAUUAUUUUUUUCAAGUUCAAUGCAGGUGCUGGAUUAAAAGACGCGAAAAAGAAGUGAUGGCACGCGUUUCUCAUGUUGUUGCUUGUUCAUCUGUACAUCAACAUGAUUCUGUUAUCCUAUUGCUUGCAUCAUCCCCGCGUUAAUUAAUUCAACUUGUUUCUGAUUCUGUCUGAGUUUCUCAUUCAUGUAUACAUGUCAACACGAUGAUGAUAAUUAUAAUUAUUCUUUAGGAGUCAUAUACAGAAUUAAUCGCGCACGUGCUCAUAAUAUAUUUAAAUUUUAUUGGAGUAUGGAGUGGAUAUAUAAUUUUACAUAUUAUAAUAGUUCAAUAUUUUUCUUGUUUAAAAUUAUGCAUAUAAAACAAUGCACUCAAUAUCCACAGAUGUUAUGACUUUUGUUAACAAAUGAUAAAGAAGAAAAGGGAAAUUGUAUUUUCAUUUUCAUAAGUAGCAGAUUUACUGAGUUGCAUUCUGCACUUUUUAUCUUUGAUAUAAAAAUGCGUGAAUGAGAGAGAAAAGAAAAAGAAUGGGAAGGAUAUGUAUGUAAAACAUUUUUUUGUACUCUCUUCUGUAUUUAUUCAACAAUUAUUAAACUUAUAUAGAUUGACAUAAAAAGAUUAUAACAGUCUCAUAAGUUUACUACUUGAUAAAUCUAUGAGUUAGAUUUUCAUUUUCCUUUUAUAUGAGACAAAUUUUGAACAUAAUUUUGUGAAAGCAAUUACAUCAGAUGAAUUU